AUGACGGCCCCCAAGUCUAAGAAGUCCGGCGACAACGUCAACGCCAAGCUCGGUCUUGCUAUCAAGUCCGGAAAGUACACCCUCGGUUACAAGUCCACCAUCAAGGCUCUCCGACAGGGCAAGGCCAAGCUUGUCAUCAUUGCUGGCAACACCCCUGCUCUGCGAAAGUCCGAGAUUGAGUACUACGCCAUGCUCGCCAAGUGCACCGUCCACCACUUCCAGGGCGGCAACAACGAGCUCGGUACCUCUUGUGGUCGACUCUUCCGAGUUGGCGCCGUCACCAUCAUGGAUGCCGGUGACUCCGACAUUCUGACUGCUGAGCUUUCUUAA